AUGUCUUUCUCAAAUGGAAUUGAUUUCCCCUUUUCAUAUCCAGACUUCUCUAGUGGUGCACAUUCAAGAGCUGAGAAUUAUCCUGGAUGGCCAUACUUGGACCCCCUAACAUGGGCCUCGAAAAAAGAUGUCAAUGAUUAUUAUAGAGUUGCACAUUAUUUCCGUCGUACAAACAUAUCAUUCCUCACCUAUUUCUUAAUAACCCAUCAUAUGAGUUCAGUCUGGAAUGGCGAUGGUGCUGUAAUCAUGGCUAUUUUUUCCGUUGAUGCGUACGGAGCUUGGGUUUGCAAGGAUGCAGAUAAGCCAAAUGUUCAGAAAAUUGUAUACGACCAUGUCUAUAAACUAUUCCAACUUGAAAAAUUCCCAGAUUAUGAGCUCAGGUAUACAAAGUCUUUAAGUAUAUUCCCCGUUCUACACAUCAAGCCACGAAAACCAGUUCCGCCUGCAAGGGAAUCACAACUGAAAAAACAUGUGCGUAAUAUUGGUGACAAUAGUGCUUUAAAGGAUAUCAGUAUUUACAUCAAACAUAAUGAACGGCUUUUCAAUAUUACAGUCAUUGCUGAGCAUGACUUGGAUGUACGUACAAAAGGACCUGUUGUAUCCUAUAUCAUGAACCACUUAAGCGAGGUUUAUAAACUAGAGGAGGUAUCAAAGCGACUAAAUCGAUUAUUUCCUAAAGAGUUUGAAGUCCGUAUUACCAUGCCUCCAAUCUUGAAAAAUGAUACAGAAUCAGCUGAACCCGUACGAGAAACUCAUGGUUAUACUGUACUGAUAGCCGUUUAUAUUCCUCACGAUUACAAGUUUGUCUCGAAAAAUAAAAAAAAACACAACUCUUCUAAAAUAUCAACAAAGGCAAUCAGCGCGAGUGAUACAAAGGAUAAAGAUACAAGCAAAAAUAACUCUUCAGUAUUAAAAAAGAGCUCGAAACUACCCGAAUCACGCUCAGUAGACGAAGUUAUUGAAGGCUGCUUUGAUUUAGUAGAUCCAGUCUUUAUCAAGGAUGCCAAAUCGUUAUCUUUAUACAACCGGCGAUCCAAGUAUAAGUAUCAACCUUUAGACGCCUCAGCAGGACAAAAGAAAAGGAAAAAUACAAAACCAAUGAUUUCCAAGUCGAAGGAAAAAAAAGAUCUUUCAGACACCAUACCUGAAUCCUACGAUGGGGGGAUUCCGCUCACAUGCUUGACUCCAGGGAAAAUUGUUUUGAAAAAGCAGGACCCGAGAGCGUUUACUAUGCAGGGAUUUAUAGCAAACAAACUCCCUCUUUGCUACUACUGUGGUGAUUUUGGGCAUUUAAAGAAAAAUUGCCACAAAAACCCGGACCGGACCGGCGAGGCUGGGAAAAAGAAAUGGAGACAGAAGCAGGAACAGAACUUAAAGGAGAAUGUAUUGGAUCGAAUUAAAUAA